UACAAAAUACAUUUUUUCCAACUUAACAAAUACGAAUAUAUCGCUUGACAGCUAUCAUUCGAUUAAGUAAUCGUGACUUUUCGUAUUCUCAAUGACGAGAAGAGAAUCUGAUAUGUUAUAAAUGCAAUAAGAAACAAAAUAUGGCGUGUAACUUUUUGCGUGCAGCUCAAAGAAUUGAGCGCAUUCUACAAAAUUCAUCUUCCAGACGAUCAAUUCAAUCUGAGAUGAGACGCAGUAUCCACAUUCUGUCGAGGAUGAAAAGAAGAGAUUUGCAAGCAGUCCUACAAGACCUUGGCAUCUUAAAGUCAGGAAAGGCUCCAAAGGGUUUUGAAAGAUUUAGAAAAGAAAAACCAUCGGAAGUUAAAGAACCAGCAAAAGGAGAGUCUGCAAAGAAAGAGGCACAAAAACCAGAGUCAGGCAACAAAGAGGCUCCCAAGGAACCACCAAGCAAAGACCAGAAAGACCCUAAAGACUUCAAUUCAUUCAGGAAGCCAAAGACAUUGAUAGAUUUUAAUUUCACGAAGGGUUUUGGCGGGGAUAAAGGAGGUGGUGGGUCCCAGCAAAACCAAUAUACGUUUUUAGUAACAACUGUUGCGGUCGGAACAAUGGCUUAUUUUUUGAUGAAAGAAAAUUACCAUGAAAUAGUUUGGCAAGAGUUUGUUGAGAAGUAUUUACAGGCAGGAUCUGUUAGCAAGAUAGUUGUUAGGAAAAAACAAUGGGCGGAAAUUUAUUUUAAGUCUCAAGCACAAUUAGAGAUACCAUGGUUCUCAAUUGGUUCAGUUGAAAAUUUUGAGAGAAACUUAGAGCAAGUUCAGCUAGAUCUAGAUAUUCCUCGCCAUGAUUUCAUCCCUGUCUAUUACAAAGAAGAAACCACACGGGAUGUUUUAUCAGCUUUACUUAGGACAGCUCUGCUAUUGGCUAUACCAGCAUAUCUACUGUAUUCUUUACAGGGUAAAGGUGGUAUGGGAGGAGGGGGAGGAGCAAAUAAAGCUCGUGGAUUAUUUAGCUUCGGUAAAUCUACGGCUCAAAUUAUAAAAGAGGACACUGGAGUGAAAUUCAGAGAUGUGGCUGGAUGUGAAGAGGCGAAAAUAGAAAUUAUGGAGUUUGUUAAUUUUCUUAAAAAUCCUAAACGGUAUAUUGACCUUGGUGCUAAAAUACCUAAAGGUGCCCUAUUGACUGGUCCCCCAGGGACAGGAAAAACACUUUUAGCCAAGGCCACUGCUGGUGAAGCUGGUGUUCCAUUUAUAACAGUGUCAGGAUCAGAGUUCCUGGAAAUGUUUGUUGGUGUAGGAGCCUCAAGAGUGAGAGACUUAUUUUCUCAAGCAAGGAAAAAUGCUCCAUGUAUAUUGUUUAUAGAUGAAAUAGAUGCUGUUGGUAGAAAGAGAGGGAGUGAUAGAAUUGGUGGUAACAGUGAACAAGAGAGCACCUUAAAUCAAUUACUUGUCGAGAUGGACGGAUUCAAUACUGAGGGUGGUGUGGUUGUGUUAGCGGCAACAAACAGAGUAGAUAUCCUUGACAAAGCUUUACUUAGACCAGGAAGAUUUGAUAGACAAAUUUAUAUAUCAGCACCAGAUAUUAAAGGGAGAGCGUCAAUAUUUAAAGUGCAUUUAAAGAAAUUAAAAAUAUCAAUUGAUAAAGAUGAUUUAGCUAGAAGGAUGGCUUCUUUAACACCUGGUUUUUCUGGUGCAGAUGUUAUGAAUGUUUGUAAUGAGGCUGCCUUGAUAGCUGCACGUGAUAGCAAAACAGAGGUAGAAUGGUUAGACUUCGAGAAAGCUAUAGAAAGAGUUGUCGGAGGUUUAGAAAAGAAGACUAAAGUAUUAGCUCCAUCAGAGAAGAAAACCAUAGCGUUUCACGAGGCUGGUCAUGCUGUAGUGUCAUGGUUCCUUGAACAUGCCAGGCCAUUACUAAAGGUGUCAAUUAUUCCUCGUGGAGAAUCUCUAGGUUAUGCUAUGUAUCUUCCACAGGAGAAAACUUUAUGUACCAAAGAGCAGAUGUUAGAUGAAAUGUGUGUAGCACUUGGUGGUAGAGUAGCUGAAGAAAUCUUCUUUAAUAAGAUAACAACAGGUGCAGAAAGUGAUCUUAGAAUGGUAACAAAAAGUGCUUAUGCUCAGGUUGUACAGUUUGGUAUGAAUGAAAAGGUAGGCCAAUUAUCCUUUCCUCCAAGAGAAGAGUCAGGGUUUAAUGUUGAUAAACCAUACAGCGAGGAAACAGCACAAUUAAUUGAUCAUGAGGUCAGAGAAAUAGUGAGCAAUGCUUAUAAGAGAACAAAAGAACUGGUAUUGAAACAUAAAGCAGAUGUAGAAAAGGUUGCCCAGUCAUUGUUAGAGAAUGAAAAGAUAGAUAAACAGAGUGUUGUGGAAUUGAUUGGCCCACGUCCAUUUGCUGAAAAAACAACAUAUGAGGAGUUUGUUGAGGGCACAGGUUCAUUUGAAGAAGAUACAACUUUACCUAAAGGUCUGGAAGGCUGGGAUAAACCGGCUGUAAAGGCAGAAGAUACAGAAUCAUCAGAAAAUGCUGACGAUAAAGGCAAAGAGACAGCAAACAUAAACAAUUUCUCAUGAACUUAUCAUUGUUGAAGACUUCCCUCUGAAUGGAACAGUGGAUUGAGAGAGAUGUUAUUUAUAACAUUAUGAGGAGCCGGGUAGUUUUCGUUUUUCCAUAUAUGAGAAGUUGGGACUUGUUUGUUUUUUUCUCAAAGAGAAAGAGUUGGACAGACUGAUGGUUCAGUAAAAUGAGCUGUCCUGUUUAUAUAUUCAUGAA